AUGGAUACCCCUACCUGCCCCCCGCCGCGGGACGACCGCGAGAAGGAGAUUUUGGAGAAGCUGGUCGCGAUCCGCGAUAGACUGCAGCUGCUGAAGCAGGACCGCACCACCUACAUUCGCAGUCAGGAUGUUCUCCCACUGUACGACGAGACCAUCGAGCAGGUCCGUCAGCUCAACGAGUGCCGGUCGUCUGAUCGAAGGGAGGAGAACAGAGUGGACAGGGUGCUGGAAAGCUGUUUCCAGCUGCUGUCGCUCUUCUUCAUGACGAUCGGUCGAAACAACGAGGCUCCGGCCGCCUAUGCCUUGACGUCCACCAUUAGGAGACUGCUGGAUCACCUCACCGAGGUCGAUCUUUACUCGGCCAAAGACCUAGAGAGUCUGUCGCACACUCUAACGAAGCUGGCGCAUAAUGUCAAGUCCACCGAGAACGAAUACUCGCCAUACAUCAUUACUCUAUUGUCCAACAGGCUGGAGCUCUGUGAAAAGUCGCUGGCGAAUCUCAGAAAGCGCUUGGAACGUCUCGAGGAUCCGCUGCCCAAGACGUACGAGAAGCUGAUCUCUAUUCUGAGGUCCAUGUCUUUGGCAAACACACGGUCCAAGUUCUCGUCGUCAGAAGUACAAAAGCUUCAAGCUCAAUUGCGGGAGAUCGAUGAACAGAGCAAGGAGGGCAAAUUCGUUACGGCGGAUGGAAAGGCUCCCGCCGGGGGCGAAGAAAUGGCCGCACUGCUGGAGAAAUGUCUGCAAUGGUCCGAUGUUGUGCUUGAUAGAAAGGGAGUGAUCCCCGACUCUUUCCGACCGACAUACGACGUUUUAUUUCGCAUCCGCAACGAGCUUGAGAAGCUCUCUAUUACGCAAGCAUGGUCUCUGCGUGAGGCGGAUCUCUUUGACUUCCAGCGGCAGCUGGACAAGAUCGACGAGAGCAGAGUCAACGGCAACUGGCUGGACGAUGAAGGCAAGCCUGCUGAACUCUAUGUUCAGCGUACGCUCCUAUACCUUAUCAGAAGAAGCUACGCCUACAUCUACUCCCUCAUGAUAUCCUCGGAACCAGUGUCGGAGGCUUUGCUACCGAUCUACAACCAGCUGCAAACGCUGAAGCGAUGCCUGAUCGAGGUGAAGAACAGCGGUGGCGUUCAAUCCGUUAGAGAGUUGUACCCCUACAGCAUGAAGGUGCCUUAUUUUAGCCCGGAAACCGGUCAGGAGACGAGACUAACUGUGUCGCAGCUUCACUCGAUUGACAACAUGCGCCAGGACGGCAAAUUCAUGAUCAACAAUGAUAUUCCCGAGGGGCAGGGUAGUGUCAGUGAACUUCUGGCUGAGUGUUUCGAGCUCAACUACGAGCUCAGGGUCGCCGCUGAAGAGCAGGCUGAGGCUUAA